CUCACCUGCCACGGAAGAGGUUAUUGUGAAGUUCAAAGAAAAUUAUUUUAUCCUCAUUUAUGUGAAUUAACGACACUUUUACGGGAUAAUCUCCGUUCCCUUUAACAAAAUCGAGACACCUAAUCACCCGGGAUACGAGAAAGACGGAAAAUUAGAAAAUAAAAGUACCGAGAGCAAUGCUAGAGCUUGGCAGUCCUAAGGUGGAUGAUGUUUCAGGUCCCACCAUCAUCAGGCCUAAGCUGUCGAUUCCCUUCGCCGCCGCCAUGAACCUCGGAGCAUCGGUGCGCAUCAACAAACUGGGGGUCGGCAUCAUAGGGGGGGUUCUCCUCAUGAUCGUGCUUGUCUACCGAAAUAGCAGCAGUUCGGAAGGGGCAGAGAUGCCCUUUGAGAUGGCCCAGACAGGGGCUAGGGUCAGUCUCAAAAAGCUCCUGGCGGCUGCGAUUGAUGCUGCCGACAGGGGAGGAAAGAUAGUGUACCAGAUCCGUGAGGAGGCAACCCUACACGAGCAGAGCAAGGGAAAGACGAAGGAGGGUGCCAACGACCCAGUGACUGAUGGUGACAUCAAAUCACACAUGGCUAUGUUCUACUCCAUCAAGAACGCAUUUCCGGGGGUGGAGGUCAUAUCAGAAGAACACUCCAGUAGUGAUAUCAAUCAACAGGCAGUAGCACCAGCUGCAACGUCGAACGAAGAAGUAAACAGCGUCAUUGCAGACGACCUCACAGUUCCCAUUGAGGAUGUACGUGUUUGGAUCGACCCCCUUGACGCUACACAGGAAUACACAGAAAACCUGCGUCAGUAUGUGACGACCAUGGUGUGUGUUGCUGUCAAGGGCAUAGCGACCAUUGGCGUUAUCAACAAGCCUUUCAGUAACUUCAUUGCAUGGGGCUGGGCUGGGCAUGGAGUGUCACCCAAGAUGCACAUCUCGAAGACUGGUCCUAAAGAUGACAUUGUCCACAUCAUUGUCUCUCGCUCGCACACGGGGAACGUGGAGAUGGUGGCUAAGGCUGCGUGGUACGACAGGACCAAUAUCACCAAGGCUGGUGGGGCAGGCUUCAAGACCCUGGCUGUGAUCCAGGGAGAUGCUGAUGCUUACAUCCACUCAACGGCAAUUAAGAAAUGGGACCUGUGCGCAGGCAAUGCCAUUCUCAAUGCGCUUCAGGGCAAAAUGACAACCCUAGAUGGCACCUCCAUAGACUACAGCAGCCGCGAGAUGUACAAAAAUGAAGGGGGCCUCCUUGCCACACUUUACAAUCACAACAUGUACUUGGAGGUCCUCAAGGCCGCCAAAAGUCAAUAGGAGGGAGACGACAGUGGCAGCAACGGCUCAAUAGAUUAUUUUUUCUAUUGUUUGGUUUCCUCUUUUAUACAAGAUUUCUUUUUGUAGGCAUAUAGGAAUUGCUUGCGAGGUGUACUUUUUUGAGAGGAUAUUUUAAGGGUUCAAUUUAGGUCACCUUUGUGUUCAUAUGGUGCAUUCUCAUCGUUGUUCAGAUAUCCUGUAUUUUUUUUAUUUAAUUAAAAAAAAUUUUUUUUAAAUUUCUAUGACUUUUUCAGAAAGCAGUUUGGGAAGUUGUCCCUGUUAGGAGCAUUUCAGGGUGUCAUCAGUCUUUUGUUAAUAUUUUUUAUUACAAGAGCAAUAGUUAUGCAUAGUGUUACUUGUAACAACUCAAAAUGAAAUAAUAGAUAGAGAGAAGUUAGCAGUUUUCCAUUAUUUUUUUCUUUUUCUCGUUCUCACUCUCUGCUGCUCUUGUUUUAUAAACAGAGAACUACAUACUUAUAAAACCACGUGCAAUUUUUGCCAGGCAUAAUGUCAAACAAUGGAGGGUGGUGGGCAUUAGUGAAAUACCUCGUAAUUUGUUAUAGAAUAUUAGGUCUUGGUGUUUGUUGAAAUAUUUUGUUGUGAUUUUGCAGAAAUUAUAUUGUGUUUUUUGUUUUGUUGAUUUAAGAAAGUUGAUCUUAGUUUGCUGUUAUUUCUUUUAUUCUGUAUAGUUUAUUAAAGUAUUUAUUUUUUAAUUUAUGUAGUGACAGUUAAGAAAUGGAAUUGGAUUUUUUUUCUCAGAAUUGUAGAUUACUAGCAGCUGUAAUAGUAAAUUUUCCUAAUGUGUUAUUUUAAAAACAGUUAUAUGAAACUUACUAAGACUAACAAUAAAUAAUAAUAAUAAUGUUCAUCAUUAAUGAUGAUAAUGAUAAUUGAUUAUUAUCAAAAUUAUUGCAAUGUACUUAUUUAUUUAUUUAUUUUCAUGUUAGCAAUGUAUUUGUAUGCAACAGUGUGGUAUUAAUUCUUGAAACAUUUUACUUACAAUGACUUGUUAAGCUUUAGACAUAGCUUUUGUCCAUAAUAUCAGCUUUGUAAGUCCUCAUAUCUUUAACCCCUUUUGAAAUUCCCUCACUAUUUAUCUUCCAUUCUGUGGUAAUUGUUAAUUCAUAUGGUAGAAAACAUAUUCAAACAUGCAUUGCCACACUGCUCAGUUGGUCAUGAUGGAAGUUAGUUUACAGUUUCCCUGGUUAAGUUGCAGCUCAAGUUCGCUAACAACCUAUGUUCAUAUUUUAGAUGCAUUCAUCAUAACGCAAUCAGCUUUUCAAUACUUGCUUUGAAGCAGCCUUGUUACCAGUGACCUGCCAUCCAAGUGUGAACUGCCCUGUAUGUUGCUUGUGAAUUUUUCCCUUCCCUUUUUAUCCUUUUUAUUCUAAGGCAGUCGCCAGUCAGUGAGAUUCUUAAUACGAUCUUUCACCCAUCCCCGUCCUUCCCUCCCAUCUCCGUCUCCCUCUGUGGAUAAUGGAACCGGUUUUAAAUGUCAUAAUGUCGUCAUGUCCCCUGUCUAUUACAUUUCAAGCAUGUUCCGCAAGCCAUCAUCUUACUAGCUAAUUGAAACCCUAAGCUCAUCUAAUCACCUGAAAUUUAUGGAAAGCUUGAUAGAGAAGCACACACAAAGUUGUUGCUGCUCCCCGAGAUCCUCGUAGGAGAAGCGCAGGAUGUCACCGUUUCUUCGUUGUCAUAAAUUUCACCGUUCUUGGUAAACAGCAGAUUUUGGGGAAUGUUUUUCUUCCCCUUCCAUAUAACUAAAAUAAGAAAAUGUAUAUUAAGGAGAAAAAUCAUAGGAAUGAUAUCAGUCAGUAUUUCUUCUCUAUUUUAAAGUUUAGAUUAUUAUUAAUAAAAAAAAAAAAAAAGUAUAUUUUUAUCACUUAUUUAUUAUUGAUCAUUCCAUAUGUUGUGUGAUUAUAUGGAACAUGUUUAUACCGUGUCAUUCUGUCUAUAUAUAUUGAGUGAAACUUCAUGGAAAUAUAUUUUGUAAUCUCGUU